UUGAUCAUGUGGCCAAACAGCUUCACCAACUUCCGGUUCCAGCCAGCUUCACCGGGCGGGUCGGAACCAUGAGGCUGGUGAUUCUGGACGGCUACGACGCGGCCAGUGAGUGGGCCGCAAAAUACAUCCGGAACCGGAUCGUCCAGUUCCAGCCGUCCGCGGACAGAUUCUUCACCCUGGGGUUACCGACAGGCAGCACGCCGUCCCGCUGUUACCAGAAGCUGAUCGAGUUCUACAGAAGCGGAGACCUGUCCUUUAAAUAUGUGAAGACCUUCAACAUGGAUGAAUAUGUGGGUCUUCCUCGUGCUCAUCCAGAGAGUUAUCACUCCUACAUGUGGAACAACCUCUUCAAGCACAUCGAUAUCGAUCCCGCCAACGCGCACAUCCUGGACGGAAACGCAGACGACCUGGAAGCCGAGUGUCACGCCUACGAGCAGAAGAUCUCUAAGGCCGGAGGAAUCGAACUGUUUGUUGGAGGAAUUGGACCUGACGGCCACAUCGCCUUCAACGAGCCCGGCUCCAGCCUCGUCUCCAGGACCAGAGUGAAGACGCUGGCCAAGGACACCAUCGUGGCAAACGCCCGCUUCUUUGGGAACGACCUUUCCAAGGUUCCCACCAUGGCGCUGACUGUGGGCGUAGGAACGGUGAUGGACGCCAAGGAGGUGAUGAUCCUGAUCACCGGAGCUCAUAAAGCCUUUGCUCUGUACAAAGCCAUCGAGGAGGGAGUGAACCACAUGUGGACGGUGUCAGCAUUCCAGCAGCAUCCACGCACCAUCUUUGUCUGUGACGAGGACGCCACACUGGAGCUUCGAGUCAAAACUGUCAAAUAUUUCAAAGGUUUGAUGCACGUUCAUAAUAAACUGGUGGACCCGGUUUUGAGCAUGAAGAACCACAACAUGAGCGAAGUUGUUGGAUCCAACAGCACAGAUGGUUCAAGCUGAUCCACAUGGGAGGAGCUGCUUAUCUAGAGUUUUGUUUUCAUUCAGAUUGUUGCAUCAUCAAACCGUUUGGUUUUUAUUCUUUGGUUCGUUUAUCUGGCUGUUACAGAAUUUUUGCUCAAACAUUUUAUUCUUUAUUUUCUGACCUGAAUAAACAACAUUUUAAACUUC